CCGCCAAUCAACGAGCGCCGCCGCGGUCACGCCAUGCCCCGGAAGUGCCGUGCCGGGCUCCCGCCUUAAAGGGGCCGCGCUGCGCUGCUCUCCAUGGCGAAGGCCGGGCACGCCUGGAGCCGCGCGGCGGCGGCGGCGCAGGGCGAGGCUGAGGAGAGCGAGGAUCCCCUGGAUGCCAUGAUCGCGCGGACCGGCUGCCUGGAGCAGCACCGGCAGCUGCAGGAGUGCAUGGCGGAGCGGCAGGACUGGCGGCACUGCCAGGAGCAGCUCCGCGCCUUCGGGGCCUGCAUGGCCCGGCGGCAGCAGCGGGAGCGCGGAGCGAGCCCAGCCCAGCCCACGGACUGACAGCGCCCGGACUGCCCCACAAGAAUGCGGGCGGCUGCGCCCCUCGCCCCCUUUCUGGUGCUGGGAAAUCCGUGGGGAAUUGUUGGGAAAUUAAAUCUGGAAUCUGUCGUC